AUGGUAAAACAAGCCACCAAGGGACAAAAGGAAAUCUACGAUGACAAUCAGAGUACAAUCUUAACAUUCGGAGCAGCAUGUUUUAUAGUGAUUGUAGUUCAUUCAGCAGCAUCUGUCUUUUUAUUGGAAGCUAAUUCGAACAGCUAUAUUCUUUUUGGUAUUUCAGUUCUAGUCGAAUUUAUUGCUUUAGCUCUCAUGAAAAGCAUGGCGGGUGCCCGAUUCGAUGAACGCGGCCGAGUUACCGAUGCUGGUUUGGAUCUGAAUGACCCUGCUUCUUUUGGUGAAUACUGUAAAGAUGUUGUCAUUCUCACUAUCAUUUCUCAGGUAAUCGCUCUUUAUUCUACAUAUGCGUACUUGAUUCUUCUGUUGAUUCCUGCUGCGGCUGCAUACAAGUUGUUCUUCGGUCUGGUUUUGCCAUGGAUAACCGCACCAUGUGAAGAUAGCAUCGAAGACAAGGAUGACAAGAAGUUGAGGAAGAGAGAGCGCCGAGAGAAGAUCGUUUAUCGAAGAUAA